CACAAUGCCUUGACUCCAUUAUUGUCUAAAACUGACGGAGGGGGGGGGGACGGUUGAUAAAUCUGUUUUAUUUUCUACAGUUAAUGAAAUAUUUUUGUUACGUCUCAGUCAAGGCUGGAACCCGGAGGAAGAUGUCUAACCAAGGAGUCCGGCGGAACGGUCCGGUAAAGCUGCGAUUAACAGUCCUGUGUGCCAAAAACCUGGUCAAGAAAGACUUCUUCCGUCUUCCUGAUCCCUUUGCCAAGGUGGUGGUGGACGGCUCAGGACAAUGCCACUCGACAGACACUGUGAGGAACACACUCGACCCCAAAUGGAACCAACACUACGACCUAUACAUUGGCAAGUCAGACUCCAUCACAAUCAGUGUGUGGAACCACAAGAAGAUCCACAAGAAGCAAGGAGCCGGGUUCUUGGGCUGUGUCCGCCUUCUGUCCAACGCUAUCAACCGCCUGAAAGACACGGGCUAUCAGAGACUUGACUUGAACAAGCUAAGUCCCAACGACAGUGACACAGUACGAGGCCAGAUCGUGGUGAGCCUGCAGUCCAGGGACCGGAUAGGCACAGGAGGCCCCGUGGUGGACUGCAGCCGGCUGUUUGACAAUGAUCUGCCAGAUGGCUGGGAGGAAAGGAGGACUGCGUCUGGCCGAAUCCAGUACUUGAACCACAUCACACGCACCACACAGUGGGAGAGGCCUACCAGGCCUGCGUCGGAGUACUCCAGCCCCGGCCGGCCGCUCAGCUGCAUUGUGGACGAGAACACGCCCAUCAGCACCAACGGGGCCACGCCCACCACAGUGAUACCGCCCACUGACCAGAGGGCCCAGGAGAGACGCGUCCGCUCACAGAGGCACCGCAACUAUAUGAGCAGAACCCACUUGCACACGCCCCCAGACCUGCCCGAGGGAUACGAGCAAAGGACCACACAGCAAGGUCAGGUGUACUUUCUCCACACCCAGACUGGUGUUAGCACGUGGCACGACCCCAGAGUACCCAGAGAUCUGAGUAACGUCAACUGUGAGGAGCUGGGUCCGCUGCCCCCUGGCUGGGAGAUCAGGAAUACUGCCACCGGCCGGGUCUACUUUGUCGACCACAACAACCGAACCACGCAGUUCACGGACCCUCGUCUAUCCGCCAACCUGCAUUUAGUCCUCAACCCAAGCCCCAACAGUCCUAGAGGAGGUAUCGAAAGUCAGAAUGUCAGCCGUCAGAAUCAUUUGAAGGAUCAGGCCCAGCAGGCUCUGGUGUCCCCCAGUCAGCUCCCAGAGGAGGCCGAGUGCCUCACGGUGCCCAAGUACAAAAGGGACCUGGUUCAGAAGCUCAAGACCCUCCGCCAGGAGCUGUCCCAGCAGCAGCCCCAGGCCGGCCAUUGCCGCAUCGAGGUAUCCCGGGAGGAAAUUUUCGAGGAGUCAUAUCGACAGGUGAUGAAGAUGAGGCCGAAGGACCUUUGGAAGAGAUUGAUGGUGAAGUUCAGAGGAGAAGAGGGUCUUGACUAUGGAGGAGUGGCCAGGGAGUGGCUCUAUUUGCUGUCCCACGAGAUGUUAAACCCUUACUACGGCCUGUUCCAGUACUCCCGUGAUGACAUCUACACGCUGCAGAUCAACCCUGACUCUGCUGUCAACCCAGAGCACUUGUCAUAUUUCCACUUUGUGGGUCGGAUCAUGGGCAUGGCGGUGUUCCACGGCCACUACAUCGAUGGAGGCUUUACCCUGCCCUUUUACAAACAGCUGCUGGGCAAACCCAUCACCUUGGACGACAUGGAGUCUGUUGACCCCGACCUACACAACAGCCUUGUCUGGAUCCUGGACAAUGACAUCACAGGUGUGCUGGACCACACCUUCUGUGUAGAGCACAACGCCUACGGUGAAAUCAUCCAGCAUGAGCUCAAGCCCAACGGUAAGAGCAUCUCCGUCACGCAGGACACCAAGAAAGAGUAUGUCCGGCUCUACGUCAACUGGCGUUUCCUGCGAGGCAUCGAGGCCCAGUUUCUGGCCCUCCAGAAGGGCUUCAACGAGGUCAUCCCCCAACACCUGCUCAAGGCUUUCGACGAGAAGGAACUAGAGCUCAUUGUUUGCGGCCUGGGUAAAAUCGACAUCAACGACUGGAAGUCCAACACUCGGCUGAAGCACUGCACCCCAGACAGUAACAUUGUUAAAUGGUUUUGGAAAGCUGUGGAGUCGUAUGAUGAGGAACGCAGGGCCCGGCUGCUGCAGUUUGUCACCGGCUCUUCCAGGGUACCCCUGCAAGGCUUCAAGGCUCUUCAAGGUGCUGCCGGCCCACGGCUCUUCACAAUCCACCAGAUUGAUGCCAGCACCAACAACCUGCCCAAAGCCCACACCUGCUUUAACCGGAUCGACAUUCCUCCUUACGAGCACUACGAUAAACUGUACGACAAGCUGCUCACCGCCAUCGAGGAGACGUGCGGUUUUGCCGUGGAGUGACACGCCGAUGCGGGAAACGGAGAUUCGCCUUCGUCAGACCCACCCCACCCCCACCCCACCCACCAAUCACACAGAAGGGGUGUCAUCUAUGGUCGCCUAGCCCAGGGACUCCCAUCGUUUCCAGGGACAUGUGACCAGGCUGAGGGAGGGUGGGCAGAAAGCCCCCCCCCCCAACAUUGGGGUCUGACACUGUCCGGAUUUUUCUACACCCCCCUCCCCCAACUUCUUUUUACUAUCAUUAAAAAGGACUUUCAGCUGCUAAUAACUCAGACUAUUUACUAACUCGUGGAACCUGCAAAAAAUGCUGGCUCUCCCCUUUUGUGUUUUUUUUUUUUUUUGUAUGUUCAUUUUUAGCAUUUAAAGAGGUAGACAGUAUUCCAUGUAGCAUCUUUCCACGCAAAAUGCGAAGUCGGUCCAUUUGGAAACUAUUGCUGCGUUAGUAAGACUGUUGUGAUAAAGUACAGGGUUAUCAUUGGUUGCCACAACCACUCGAGAAAGGUUAACAUCUGGAUGCAGAGGGUAUAUCGGGGGUUGGGGGGGCUAGACAGACUCCUUGGUGCCUCCUAGUGUUUAAAGCGGUGCUCUCAGUAAUACCAAGGCUGGACAAGGAAAAUCGCGUCCAGAACUAAAGAUAAGACCAGAGACUGUAUCAAGAAUUAGACAGUGCCCCGCUGUUUACAACCCUUUCCAAAGAGAGCAGCAGGGAUCUCGGCUCCCCGCUCGCUGCCUAACAACUAGUGCUGCAUUCCCAGAAACCUAUUUCAUAAGCCAGACAUCAAGGUUUGUUCAAAAAAAUAAUAAUAAUAAUAAAUGAAUAGCUUGAAAUGUGUUAUUUUUAUAUAAUGGGAAAAUGAAAAAGAAACACUAAAAUUAUAUAUAAUAUAUAUAAUUUAUUGCUGUUAUAUUCCAGAAACCUUUUGCCAUUAUUCCAGAAAAAAAUAAAGCUUUUAGAUGUUAACUGUUACUGUUUAAAUUAUAGAAGACAAUUUGUGAAAACAGAAUUAAGCUUGAAUGGAUUUCAGUUAGAUUGCUGUGGUGGAAAUCUCGACAUAGCCUCGCUCUCGUACCUUUACGAGGAGGGGUAUGUCCCAAGGGCAGAUAAUCCUAGAUACACUGUGUCCUCCGAGUGCCAUAAAAGUUGCGAAUGAAUGAGUCUUUGCAAAUAUCAAGCCGACCCUUUAAAUUCAAAUGACACCAUCCUGGAGCAGACGGUACCAGACCCUGCGUCACACAGCGUCAGGAGUACGUGAGGUUUUCUCCCAGCCAUUCACAGACUUCCCGGACAUCUUGCGUUACGUUUGUUGAUGUGUGUUCUCAUCCAAGUCUGUAACAGUUUACAGUAAUAAUAAGCCAUGAUUCAGUAGAGAGGGCGGCGCAGUGGUUAGCGCGGUCGCCUCACAGCAAGAAGGUCCUGGGUUCGAGCCCCGGGGUAGUCCAACCUUGGGGGUCGUCGCGGGUCGUCCUCUGUGUGUGUGUGUGUGUGUGUGUGUGUGUGUG